GCCGUGUAGCUGGAGGAAGAGGAGCUCUCGCAGCCGAGCCCCAGCGUCUCUCCGCCCAGGGGACAGACAGGAGGCAGACAGGAGGGACGAGGGGGGAAGAAAAAAACACAGAGGAAGAGGGGGCGAGAGAGAAGAAGAAGGAAAAGUAAGGAAAAAGGAAAGGAAAAACGGGAACGACGUUGACUGAGCCGCUGCGAUGGCGGCCAAAUCGGACGGCGUGCUGAAGAUGAAGAAGAGCGAUGUGGCGUUCACGCCCCUGCAGAACUCGGACCACUCGGGCUCGGUGCCGGGGCUCGCGGCGGGAUCGCGACCGGGUUCGGGCAGCGGCGAGGCGGAUUUUACGCGCGGUGAAGCGCGCUGCUGCGGUAAUGAGGACUCGACUUGCCUGCGGCUCGGCGGCGAGAGGCGGAAGUACGGCGCCUGGGACGGUCUGUGGCUGGUGGCCGCGGCCGCCGUGUACUUCGCCGAUGUCGCCACGGACGUGUGGCUCUCCGUCGACUACUACUUGCGCAACGACUACUGGUGGUUCGGCCUGACUCUCUUCUUUGUGGCGCUCGGCUCCAUCUCGGUACAGAUUUUCAGCUUCCGGUGGUUCGUGCACGACUUCAGCACCUCGGAGAGCGACGCCGCGGCCACCGACAGCAGCAGCAGGACUAAUGAGAAGCGCUCGGCGCCGUGCGCCGUCUGUCUCUGGUUCUUACAGUCCGUCAUUCACAUCCUGCAGCUCGGCCAGAUAUGGAGGUAUUUCCACACCAUCUACUUGGGCAUACGGAGCAGGCGCAGUGGCGAGAACGACCGCUGGAGGUUCUACUGGAGGAUGGUGUAUGAGUAUGCUGAUGUCAGCAUGCUCCACCUGCUCGCUACCUUCCUGGAGAGUGCGCCUCAGCUUGUCCUGCAGCUCUGCAUCAUCAUCCAGACUCACAAACUUCAGGCCGUGCAAGGGAUGACUGCUGCUGCCUCACUGGUGUCCUUGGCUUGGGCUCUGGCAUCCUACCAGAAGGCUUUACGAGAUUCACGUGAUGACAAGAAGCCUGUCAGUUACCUGGCCGUCAUUAUUCAGUUCUGCUGGCACUUCUUCACCAUUGCGGCACGUGUUGUGACCUUUGCCCUGUUCGCCUCCGUGUUCCAGCUCUACUUCGGAAUCUUCAUUGUGCUGCAUUGGUGCAUUAUGACCUUCUGGAUCGUUCAUUGUGAGACCGAAUUCUGCGUCACUAAGUGGGAGGAGAUCGUCUUUGACAUGGUAGUGGGUAUCAUCUACAUCUUCAGCUGGUUUAAUGUAAAGGAGGGUCACACGCGCUGCCGCCUUUUCAUCUACUACCUGGUGAUCUUGUUGGAAAAUGCGGCGCUCAGCGCGCUCUGGUACCUGUACCGCUCGCCGGUGGGCACAGACGCCUUCGCCGUUCCUGCUCUGUGUGUCAUCUUUUCCAGCUUCCUCACAGGAAUCGUUUUCAUGCUCAUGUACUACGCUUUCUUCCAUCCUAACGGGCCGCGAUUUGGACGCUCAGCCAGUCUGAGCCAGCUGGAUGAUUCCAACGUGAACACCAGCUUUGCCAUGCCAACUGAAGGUGCUACCAAUUCCCUUCGCUCCAACAGGGGUGGCACACUGGCUAGGGACGCUGAUCGUGACGCUAAAUACACUGAAAGAGACGGAUGCGCCCCUGUUUUUCAAGUACGUCCCACAGCUCCAUCCACGCCAUCCUCUCGCACGCCUCGCGUGGAGGAAACCGUGAUCAGAAUAGACGUCUGCAGGAACCGAUACCCUGCCUGGGAAAGGCACGUGCUGGACCGUGGCAUACGCAGAGCCAUCUUGGCUAUCGCUAACUCUCCCACGCCACCUCGACUACAGUACAAGGAUGACAUGCUCGUCCAGGAGCGGCUGGAGUACGAGACCACAUUGUAGCUCUACCACUUUUCCACAACUCGGUGCGUGGAACCUUAUAGUUUAUCAUCCAUUAACAGCAGGACUGUGGCAAUAACAUGACUAGCCGAGCGGGACUAUAGCCCUAUAGCAUUUAGCCAUGAUGUUGAUUGUCAUGGAUUGCAAAAAAAAAAAAAAAAUGAAAAAAAAAACAACAACAAAAACAAAUAAUAAUAUAUAAAAACAAAGUAAUAGGCACAACAUGCUCACUCACGUAAGGUUUUUUAUAUUGUUUUUUCCCCCUCAGUGUUGAGCAAAUAUCUAGUCAGGCCAUUCAUAAGAUUAUUCAGUGGAGUUAACUCCUCCACACUACUCCUUUUUAGUCGUCUAAAUAUAUUUAGUGUCGUUCAGGCCUUUAAAUAAUAAAUCUGCCAUAACGCAUUGGGAAUGCAGUGGGAUUUAAACCAUCAUUACACAGUGACACUAUAAGUCAUGUUGGACAACAGGACAAACCGGCGACCAAGUCUCGUGCUGAUAAAAAACUUGUGGAGACAAAAAGAAACUCUCCCCGUUGAGGGGUGCUAAACCCUCGAGUUGUCUGACAUCAGCAAAACUCUCGCAGUGCCAAAAAAAUCCUGGUCCAUAAUGGACUCCAUAGUGGACAUGGUGGACCUGGAGUCUCUGCCAGUAACUGUACAUUAAAAAACAGGGCAGCAUUUCAGUCAUCUACUUGAAUAUUGUAUUAAAAAAAAAAAAUAAAAAAAAAGGUGAAUGAAAAAAGCCACGUGGGACUGACCCAGGCUCUAAGACACAACUUCUCUCCUGGAGAAGGAACCAGGCCAAGAAAUCACUUCCUGGCAGCUCGGCUCACGCUGGCUGAUACGGAUCCCUCAAGAAAAUGCUCACAAACACACACACACACACACACGUAUGUACUGAGAAACACACACAACAUGGAGCCACAAUCCACAGCAGACAAGCACUCAACUGGAGCCAGGAUGGAUUCCACCGUCCUCCGAAAGAUUAAAGAUACAGUGUUCUGCUUGAGUCUGUGUGAACUCGCACGAGUGUUAAUGAUUAUGAUUGUGUCCAUGUGUGUGUGAGUAUGUGUACAGUAGGUGUGUAUUCGCUCGGCAGUAACCAGACACGAUGUCCGCUCCGCCGGUUCACGUGUCGAGUCUACAGAAAUACAACACUGUAUCUUUAAAUCUGCCAAAAAUCUCAUCUGUAUAUGAAAGGAAAAAAAUCUGGUCUCUCUUUCAGUUUAAAGUGCUUCUUAGUAUCUUUUUAUAGGAGGUCUGAAGAAGGGGAACGACGUACGGAGACGAUGGGAGAUGAAGUAGGAUGCAGUAGGACAAGCACAAGACUUGAGCACAGCAAAAGUGGUUCCUGUACUGGGAGGAAAAAUGUCUGAAGUUCUCGACGCAAUCCUGAUGGCCUGCGUUGUUAGACUCGGACAAGGGUGUCUGUUGUCUUUCUUUUGAAGUGUGACAUUAAUCUUUUUCUUUGAUUUUAUAUCAGGAUUUUGAUGGAUUUGUGUAUGCGCACUACGCAUGUGCCAAUAUUCCCAAUAUUUGGUUAACACACGAUUAAUCACACAUUUUAGACAUAACUUUUACACUACCCUGUGUUCAGUUCAGAUCAAAGCUGUUUGCAUGGGUAUCUUUUUUUUUCUUUCUUUCGUUCUUUCUUUUUUUUUUCAUUCAUUCAUCCUCAGUAAGCAGUUUAUCCUGGUCAGGGUUUUGGUGGAUCUGAAGGUUAUCCUGGAAAGCUCAGUGUGAGGCGGGUUGUGACACCGGUCUAUCACAAGAUUCUACAAAAGAUACUCAUUCACACAUAGAGGAAAUAUAGAUUAGUCAGUUCACAUACUGGCAGUUUUGGGAGGAUGAAGGAUCCAAAGAAACACCACAUGGACACUGGGAAGUAUAGAAACAUGUCAAACUCCACGCAACAUUGAAGGUUUUUAUUCCUCUGAGGUGAUGAGAAAUGAUCCCAUGCUCCAGUGGCCAAUUAUGUUCUGCACCAAAUUUUGAUACAGUUUGAAGAAAGGUUAAAUGACACGAUGGAUAAAAGUGCUGAGUCAUCUGAAAGCCUGGCCAUGAAGUUUUAAUUUGUUCUUUUACAAAAGCAGAUGCACAAUACACCAAUAAACAUUUCCAGCCUACACUUUUAGAGUAAUUAAAGAUUUCAUCAGGUUUUUUUGAAAGAAUUAAAGUCCAGACAUUAAGGAGCACAACUUCACGCACAGAAGAUAUAAAAUGACGAAGGUUUUUAUUUUCUCACUAUAAAUUAAUAACUAAAUAAAAAUAAUCCCAUAGAAGAAGCAGCACGUUCAGGGGUGAGAUUAGACACUAAAUACUUUAUUUCCCUACAGAGAUUUAUGUUUUCCCUGAUACUAAAUCACAUGAUCUAGCUAAUGUAUAGGCUAACAAGUAGCUCAAAUCAGGUAUGUUUGAAGCAGAAAACUCUGGAAAAAUACUGGACUCCAUUUUACCAAAAAAACUCAAGACUCUCUUUGUCUACUAAUUGUUGGCUAGCUUGAUCUGAAACUGAAACUGCUUCAGCAUUGAUGCUUUCUCAUCAUCAGAGCCAAAAAGUUCUCAUUCAGAUCUAUUUUUAAGUGCACCAACCUUCCCAAGUCAAACUAUUAAAGCUCGAUCGUGUCUCAUAACGUAAUCUGGAAGCUUAAUAUCGGUAACAUGCAUAGUGUGCACACUGAAGUCGAUUUACUUGUUUACUGGUUGUUUUGAACCGCACAAUGUUUCACUGUAUGCCAUUAAUUAUGUGAAGCUGACUCCGACAGCACAUUUAAUCCGAUCUACAAUCAAAGUUACUUUAAAUUAGAAAUCCAGUCACAUGUUUAAAUGCGAUGAAAUGAGCUUUCAAUCCAAAUCCGUUUAAAUGCACUAAUAUAAAUAAAAAAAUUGGAUUAAAAAAUGAGAUUAAAAAUGUUUCAUCAAUCAAUGGCAUGAAAAUUGUAAAAAUAUUUAAAGAUACAUGCAGAAGCCCAUGUCCUUUAGUCAGACUUUUUUUGCUUUGUUAUUUAUUUAUUUAUUUAUUUAUUUAUUUAUUUAUUGCAGUCAGCAUUUUCUGUGGGGUUUUUUGUUACCUUAUUUUUUACCCUGACAGAACAUUGAGAAAAACUUUGAGUAAGACCUUCAAAAAUCUCCCUUAGUGGGACACCAGAAGAUUUAAGAGCAUUAGAACGUGGAAAUUUUUACCUACUCAAGCAGAAAUAUGCCAAAACCUUUCCCAAGAAAUCCUAAAUCUGAUUUUGGAUGUAACUUUAUGCGCUGAAAUAUGUGUGUGUGUGUGUUUCAAAAGCAGCCUAAUCAUGAAACGUUUCCCACGUUUGAUUGUUCAGCCAGUGUGUCAACAUUAGAUACGAUCUGUUUUCUCAGCAUUGUUCGUUGUUAAUGUUCAUGUUGACGUCGAGGUUGUGCAACAGCUCGACCGAGAGAAGCUCGCUGACCUGUUCCUCUCACCACUGGUGUUCACUGUUUGCUUUUGAAUGUCAUCCAUCAUGUCUUUGUAAACAAAUCUCUGCUCUUCCAUUAAUACCCUUCAUUAAUACAAUGUAGUCAAAAUUCUGGAUACUCGCUUUCAAUCAUUCCUAAUCAUGGAACUUGGGCUAGAGUCCUGGACAUUCGAAAUUAUACCGUAUGUCCUUCCAUUUUCACGCCAUUCAGUUUAGUUUUAUUUCUGCAUCUGUGGCCUUUGGUUGUUAUAUAUGAAACGUGAGAAUGUAGAAAUAUUGGCUUUUCAUUCUGGACUGGUUUCAUGUUAGAUUGGAUUUCACACAUUGAUCUUUGAGCCUCUGGUGAAUUUUAUACUCAGAACACGGGUGAUUUAUUCAAAGCCUCAAAGCUUCUUCAUAACUUCUUCAUAACAAGAACAGAGUGAGUUGUUGUAAAGAUAGCUGUAUCAGGUAGCGCUUGAUAGUGGGAGCUCUGAUAUUGAUAUUGUAUCACAGAUUGGAUCACAGUCUUAACAUUAAACUACAUGAGCCAAAAGAUAAGUUCCAGAAUAAUGGUGUCUGGUUGCAUAUGGCCAAUCAAGUAAGACUACUACAGGAACUAAUGGCACAGGGAGUCCCUCAUCCACAGAAAAGCACCAACUAAAAUGUUCACUGCUUCCUUUAGUGGAAAAGUUCCUGAAAAGGUUGUAGCAGUGAUUAGAUUCAAUACUUUAAGAAGUUAAUGGUGCACUGUGGAGAUAUCUUCAUCAAACGAUCCACAUCAACCCAAAAACGAAAAAGGAGGAGGAAAGUGAAAGACAGGAAUGGUGCUGACAAAGGAGGUAUAAAUAAACAGGUUAGCAAGACAUGACGAGACACGUUGGUCAUAACAGGUGGCAGGAUCGGUGGUUAGGAUGAAGCUAGAACAAAACCUAGAAAGUAGACCAUUGUCUGUUUUGACUGAAGCGAGAACAUCAAGCUUAUCUGAGCACAUUUGUCUGCAUGCACAAAUAACUUCCCUUGGAACUUCUCAGACAUUUUCUGAAGAUUGCCUCAGUUACUGAUGAACCACUGGUCAGUUGAGGGAUUAGCUGGUUUAGUGCUUGUUAGUCAUCCCACAGUGGUCCGGGCAGGAAACAGGAAGUACGCUCUUUAAAAAGUGACACCUUAAAGGUGUCACAUGAAGCCCUUUUUCAGUACCCUGUUAUAGGGUUCCACCUAGAAUCUUCUAGGGAUUCUCUCAAAGAACAUUGAAACAGGUUACUAAAUGGAACCUUAGUGAUAAAGGUUCUGGAAAAGUACUAUUUCAGGACUGUAUUAGUAUUAACCUUGGA